AUGGAGGUCCCUGAUAGAACACAAGACAGUCCACCAAAAGAUAGUGCAGGGAGGUCUUUGAGUGGAGAAAGAACAAUAUUUUGCCAACCAUGUAGUAGUGACGGCGAUACGAUGGUUGCCAUUGGAUACUGUCAAAAUUGUAACGAGUAUUACUGUGCAGUGUGUCUAAAAGUCCACUGCAAGCAAGCCAUGUCAAGAAAUCAUAUUAUUCUGGAUGGUGACAAUAUGCCUAAAGUUACAUUUCCGGCUGUAACCCCAAACGCUUGUUCUGAAAUAUGUACCAAACACGAAAAUGAAAUAGUUAAAUAUUACUGCAUGUCACAUGAUGCAGUGGGUUGUGGAGAUUGUAUGAUCAUUGAUCAUAAAUCCUGUAAAGUUAAUCGUAUACAAGAUAUAUCUACAGAAUAUUUCAAUGGUACUGAACACCAAAAUAUCCUAAAGAAGGUAGAGCAGUUUGUUAAAGAUGUGGAUGAAAUAAAUAGGAAGCUACAAGUCAGUGAAGGAAAUAUGAGACAAGCCUAUAUAAAUGCAAUUAAAGAUGUCAAAGAAUUCAAGAAAGAAAUCAUCGAUUAUCUUAACAAGGCAGAAAGAGAAAUGCUUGAAAUGAUAAACGAAAGAAAAAAGAAGAAUGAGAUGCUGAUACAGGAACUGCAUCAAGCAGAAAGUUAUAUUGGAAGAAAUAUUAAAGAAAUACAUACGAAUUUGCAGCUACAGGUUAGUCAAGCGAAUGAUUUGUUUGUUGAGGCAAAACAAGUUAAGGCAAAACUUAACUCUAUUGAUGAAAAUCUAAAUAUGUUGAAAAAGGACAUCAGCAUUGAUGUUUAUACGUUUCAACGUUCUUCCCACAUGGAGCAAAUGGUCAAGUCAUGUGUACCGCUCGGUGCCAUAGUUGAUAAUACAGAAAAAAUGGUCGAACACACAGCAUCAAAACACAAUUAUCUUGUUUCUAAAAAAAAGGUAACAUAUCAAACUGAUUUAGACAGGAAGAGCAUUUCUGAAAUGGAUGCUUAUUUUGAUUGUGAGAUUAACAUUAAAACAGAAGAUGAUGCUUACGACUGCUUUGUUCAAAAUUGUGCACUUAUUUGCCCAAGUCAGAUUAUAGUAAUUGGUGGGAACAAUAAUUGUGUUAAAUUAGUUGAUGUCAGUAACAAAGAAGUUUCGAAGUACAAUCUUAAGUAUAGUCCACAAGGUGUAGCAGUAGUAAAUCCCAAUCUGUUUGCUGUGACAUUUCCUGGUGAAAGGAAGAUACAAUUUUUCACAAUAACAACAGGUAAUAAGAUCAAAGAAAGUGACAUGAUUAAAGUUCAUACAGAUUGUAAUAAAAUUGCAAUCCAUGAAGAUAAGAUUAUUGGUAUAACCAACAAGAGUGUUGAGAUUAUGAGCAUGAGCGGACAACUGAUAAAAUCUUUAUCUCAUCCAAAUAUGAAAUGGUUAAUGGAUAUUGCUGUCGUACCAAGUUCACAGAUGUUUUAUGUCAGUAGUGGUUCAUUGGGGUAUAAGUGCUGUUUUAAAAUUCGAUUUUGA